CUUAGAACAAAUGGGUGAUAAAAAUUGAACUUCUGGCUCGAUGCAGAAGAGUCAUGGCGCACAGAAAGUUCUGAAAGAUUUUGUUGCAGCUUUUAUCUCAACAAGCACGGCCAUUUUUAUGGGAUAUCCCAUGGAUACAGUCAAAGUGAGAAUGCAACUCUACAAUUCAAAGAGUGCCUUCAGAGUAUUCUCAGAUAUUCUAGCAAAAGAGGGCGUUGCAGGCAUGUACAAGGGGGCUGUGUCUCCUGUGCUUGGGAGAGCUCCAAUAUCUGGAAUCAUCUGGGCAUCUAACGCUUACUGUAGACGCAAACUUGAACCUUUUAAAAUCAAUCAAGAAGCAAAAUUUGUGAUAUCUGGGAUGUUUGCAGGACUUGUAUCUGCUCCUAUUUUCUGCCCUAUCGAGCACCUGAAAAUCAAGAAGCAAGGAUAUUCUUCAGGAAAAAUUUCUUAUAUGAAAUUGCUCAAACAAGAAAGAAUCAGAGGCCUUUACAAAGGGAUAGUUCCCGUGCUUGCAUGAAACAUACCAGGAUUUGGAGUGUUCUUUUCAAGCUACCAUAUUCUUAAGAAAAGAUUACACAUCAAUGAUCUUUCUGAACACAAAGUCAAGAAGACUCUCUAUACAUGACUCGCUGGAGGGAUAGCAAGCCAAAUGUUUUGGCUGGUUUCUUAUCCAAUAGAUAUGGUUAAAAAUACCAUCCAAUACAGUCCCAAGCAUUCUAAAAUGGUGCCCACUUUUCUGAGUUUGUACAGAGAAAAUGGAAUCAGGAGACUAUACCGAGGAAUCGUUCCAUGAUUAGUCAUGGGAUUUCCAGUUGGGUCAAUGAUGUUUGUAUUUAAUGAAGCAAUCACGAAGUUUAUUGACAACACUUUAGAAAAGGUUAAUAAAGGCAAAAUGCAAUAAGAAUGUAAAAUCAAAUUUGGCAAAUAUAAAAAUCUAGAUUGCAGUAAGACAAAGUAAAAUUUUAGUGUUAGGUUAAAUUCAUUCAUAUGCAAAAUAGCUAUCCACAACAAUGGUUGACUUAAUAGGCCUUAAGGAAUUUG